AUGAACACGUAUGCGAACCCGGUAAUACCUGGAUUCAACCCUGAUCCUUCUAUCAUCAGGGUCAAAGAAGACUAUUUCCUGGUCACUUCGAGCUUUGAAUACUUCCCCGGAGCCCCAAUCUAUCAUAGCACAGAUCUUAUUCAAUGGAAAUUGAUUGGACAUGCUUUAAAUCGCACCAGUCAGAUCCAGAUUCACUCCCCGGAGCCCGGUGGAGGCGUGUGGGCGACUACUAUACGGCAUCAUAACGGAGCCUUUUAUGUAACUGCGGCCAAUUUCAGUAGGUAUAGGCCUCUGCAGGACGAUAGAGUGCUACCUCGCGGGUUCUAUGUCUGCACGCAAAAUAUCUGGGAUGAGAAUUCGUGGUCAGACCCGGUUUAUUUUGAUCAGGUCGGCUUUGAUCAAGAUCUUUUCUGGGAUGAUGACGGUGCUGUCUAUCUUUCGACCACACGUCCCAAGCUUAAUCGUACGCAGAAUUCACCAUCUGGAAUAUCUGAGGGUUCGCACAUCUUCAAGAGAGUCAGAUACUACUACCUUCUCACAGCCGAAGGCGGCACCGGCAGCGCACACAACGAGUGCGUAUUUCGGAGUGAGAAAGGUCCAUUUGGACCAUGGGAAGCCGCCCCGCACAACCCUGUUUGUCGAAAUGGAAUAAAUGACGAAGUGCAGAAUACAGGCCAUGCGGAUCUAGUAAGUGAUAGCCAGGGGCAAUGGUGGGCUGUGCUGCUGGGAGUACGGCCUGUUUGGAACAAGAAUAGAUGGGAGACCUCAGUAUUUGGUAGAGAAACGUUUCUCAUUCCUGUGGAAUGGGUAGAUGACUGGCCUAUUUUCAAUAGAGGUCACAAAGUAUCUCUCCUCUGCACAGGCCCCGGUGUAUAUCACUAUGAGGCAUCAAUAUCAUGGAGGGACGAUUUCUCAACACCCAAGUUGCAAUUGGGUUGGUAUCGAAAGAACACUCCUCUCAAGGUUGAUUAUUCCUUGACUGUCCGUUCCAACUUGUUGCGGUUAUAUGGGGGUCCAUACAAUCUAUCAGUCCCAGCAAGUCCAACACUACUACUUCGAAAGCAGACACAUCGAUUCUGCAGAUGGGAGACUCGACUAUCAUUCCACCCUUCAUCGACAAUAGCGGAAGCCGGCACUGUAGUAUGGUGGAAUUAUUUCACGUACGCUAGCAUCGGCAUCCGGACAAAUGGUGAAAAUAGAUUCGUUCGAUUUCGGGAUACAAUGGGAAGGUUUACAGAACGGAAGCUGAAGGGUUAUAACUCGGAUGUCGUGCUCUGUAUCGUCUGUGGUGAUGCAUAUCUGCUUGGUUUUAGAGAGGUCGGUGAUGAGUCUGAAAAGUUCCAAUGGUUUGAUGAAGUGAGCAAUGCUGCCAUGACAGCAGAUCCGCCUAUUGGGCUUAGCUUUACGGGGAUGAUGCUAGGCCUAUAUUCGUUUGCGGAGGGACAGCCAUCAUCCUCGCCGGCGGACUUCCAUUAUGUCGAAGUUAAUUGA